ACGCAGGCCGUACCACUUACUCCCCUUCCGGAGGUGUGGACCGCCUCAGUUUCCGUCACUCCGCUCCGCGCCGACCAAAACCUUUCACGAUCCCACACAUCUCCUUCAGAUUCGUAUUAUAGCCCUGCCGCGCUGGUAAGGGACGAAGGACGGAUCGAAGGAGAUAACGGGGGACGUUGUCGUCGUAGUCCUCUACCUUCCCCCUCUUUGGUCGGUGGUAGUUCCUCUCGACAGAUGAGGAUUGGAGCGGAGUUUGUCGGGCGCCAUUUUGUGCGGGAGCUGAGUUCGAGGGAGGUGAGAGACGAUUGUAUGUGCGCGCGUUACCCCCGGUGUGCGGUGUCCGGUCCCUCUAGGGAAUCCUCCAUUAUCCUCUAUGGAGCAGUUUGCAGUCAUGGAAAUGGAAUAUAUUCGUGUGGCGGAGGAUGAAAAUGAAGAACCUAUGGAAAUUCCCUCCGAAGAUGACGGCACAGUCCUCCUGUCAACAGUUACAGCGCAGUUCCCUGGCGCAUGUGGCCUUAGAUACCGGAAUCCAGUGAAUCAGUGUAUGCGUGGAGUCAGAUUAGUGGAAGGAAUCCUUCACGCACCAGAAACAGGAUGGGGAAAUCUCGUCUAUGUUGUAAAUUACCCCAAAGACAACAAGAGAAAGAUGGAUGAAACCGAUGCUUCUUCAGCUGUUAAAAUAAAGCGUGCCGUUACAAAAACAUCUGAUCUCAUUGUGUUGGGACUUCCAUGGAAAACGACAGAGCAGGACCUUAAAGAAUAUUUCAGUACAUUUGGAGAAGUAAUCAUGGUCCAGGUUAAAAAAGAUGCCAAAACAGGUCAUUCAAAAGGCUUUGGAUUUGUUCGCUUUGCAGACUAUGAAACACAGGUGAAAGUAAUGUCACAGCGGCACAUGAUAGACGGGAGAUGGUGUGAUUGCAAACUUCCUAAUUCAAAGCAAAGCCCAGAUGAGCCCAUGCGCAGCCGAAAAGUCUUUGUUGGCCGCUGUACGGAGGACAUGAGUGCUGAAGAGCUUCGGCAGUUCUUCUCUCAGUAUGGUGAAGUUGUAGAUGUGUUCAUCCCAAAGCCUUUCAGAGCAUUCGCUUUUGUCACAUUUGCAGAUGACCAGGUGGCACAAUCUCUGUGUGGAGAAGACCUAAUCAUCAAAGGGGUCAGCGUUCAUGUGUCAACAGCUGAACCCAAACACAACAACAACCGAGCGCCCUUGGAUAGGGCAGGAAGAUUCCCAGGGCCAAACUUUGGGAACCAGGCCUACCCCAACAAUAGGCCAAACAGCAGUGGCCUUGGUAACAGUCAACCGAACAAUAUGGGGGGUGGCGGUGGAAUGAAUUUUGGGGCCUUUAGCAUCAACCCAGCUAUGAUGGCAGCUGCUCAGGCAGCUCUUCAAAGUAGCUGGGGCAUGAUGGGCAUGUUGGCUAGCCAACAGAACCAGCCUGGUCCACAGGGGAAUAGUCAGGGCCAGGGGAAUCAGCCUAGGGACCAGUCACAGGGUUUCGGGUCAGGUAGUAACUCCUAUGGCUCAAACUCUGGUGCUAUAGGCUGGGGUUCACCAAACGCUGGUUCUGGUACUGGGUUUCAAUGGGGGCUUUGGCUCAAGCAUGGAUUCAAAGUCAUCGGGGUGGGGUAUGUA